GAACACAGUGCAACGACCGUGUCAAGCACCCACGUCUCCCUGAAGAUGUGGCUCCGCGAUCGUCUUGCAGCUCCAGCUUCGCACUCUCGUGGCACCCAUCCGUGAAGUGGAAGCGCAUUAGGCAUUUUUUUUUAAGUUCUUUGAUGUUUCUAAUGGUGGAGUUAACGGUCGGUGGUGGCGAACAUUCAGAAAGAGGUUUUAGCUCCAAUACAUAACUCUCUCACCGAUUUAAGGUUUUUGAUCGUUUGGUUCCAAUGAAAGCCCUUCAGAGUCUUCAGGUGUACAAAGACAACUUUCCAUUUGUGACAGCCGAUUCAUUUACAUUGUUCCACAACUCCUGCACUUUUUCGAUAUGAAAGCUGCUGAGGAUUGCAUAAUAUAGGCGGGGUUUCGAUUGAAGUUGAAGGCACUUUGAAACAAGUGACGUAUUGGCAAAGAAUUUGAGCAUGCGGUUAAUACAGAUGCAGGGUGGGAUGGCACACAGCGUGUUCAGUUUGCAUGUAACAGAUUUAGAAAGCAAGUCAAUGAACAAGCGCCAUGUCGACAAGUUUCGGCGGCGUGUCUGGUUAUGGAGAGUUUGCUUUGGCUUCAAUCUCCUUGCUAUUACAGCUUCAGUUGCUGUCUUGGGAUUACCUGCCCAGUUUGACGCAGUUUCACUGUCAAGCAAAUUUGUGCUAAGUACUUCCACGAGCAAAAUCCCUACGUACUUGCAGCGAGAAUCGAGCAGUCUAAUCACGAGCCACAAAACGCAUAUUGAGGAUGUUGUUAGCUUUCACUCCGACAUCUUAAUUCUGAUUCGAGUAUUUUCAAGCUCAGCAUUCCCAACCAAAGACAGGCUAGAGUGUCAUUUUGGGAAUGACACACACGGCGCUUACCGCAAGGUCACGGCCUUGAAACUCUACGCCGAUCGAGCCGCAGUGUUAUGCGGUGCACCUCCGGAGAGUCUCGAGUGGGAUGGGAGCUCGGUUCUUAUCGAGAUCGAUUCUGAGAUUGAAAUUCGUCGAAAAGGGAAGGCCGCUCCUGACAGCCAGCAGGCUUUGCAGUGGAACUCGAGCAAGGUGGUGUAUGAAGUCUUUCCAACGGAGGAGGAUGUUGUAGUUUUUGUGCAUGGGAUUAAUCAUACUCGUGGAGCUCAUCAGCCGGACAUGUCCCAGCACGAGCGGCUCCAGCAGUUUCAGUGUGUGUACGGAGACUACUUCGAAACAUCUGUUACUGCGCAAUCGCAAGAGAUUUUCCGGUGCGGUCACCCAUCGGCGCAUUUGAUCACAACCUUGAUUGGGAAGAAGCUAACGAUUAGGUAUGAAGGUACAGUUCUUCCUUCAGUUGCUUAUUACGGAUCUAAGCAAAAUAUGAAGCCAGCGGAUGUUCCACUCACAUUGGAACAGCGGACAGUCCGUUCAAUAAACAGGAAGGUUUUGGCGCCAAGGGCGGAUUCGCAGACACUGCCUAAUCCGAGGAAAUAUCAUAUUUGUUCCUGCACGAUGAUCUACAAUGGUGCAAAGUUUCUGAAAGAGUGGGUGUAUUAUAACAGCCAUCUCGGAGUGGAGAAAUUUAUUAUUUACGAUAACGGCAGUGAGGACAACUUAGACGAGGUCAUCGAAAGCUUGAGCAGCUUCAACGUCACGAAGCAGUCAUGGCCGUGGAUGAAAACACAGGAGGCCGGAUUUUCCCAUUGCAGCCUGCUGGCGCUGCCCGAAUGCACAUGGGUGCUAUUCACUGACAUUGACGAAUAUCUUUUCCCGAGCAGGCGCUUCUUGUCGGAGGGAAAUAAAUCUAUAGUAGCCAUACCUGAAGCUGCUGAACAACCGGCACCAACGCCAAGCUCUGAUGAAACUCAAACCUCGAACUCGUCGAUUCUUUCCCGGUUUAUCGAGGAAUCAGUUGCGGAUCAUGAUUCGGAGACUAACGGCACAGUGGGUCAAAUCUCCACUUUCUGUGUUAAUUUUGGGCCGUCGAGCUUGACAGUUUCUCCCCCUCAGGGCGUCACGCAGGGAUAUACUUGCCGCCUUAAGAAGCCGGAGCGGCACAAGUCCAUAGUGUUGUUGAGUGCAAUCGACAAAACGCUAACAAAUGUGAUCCAUCAUUUUACCCUAAAGCCUGGCUAUGGUCAGAAGCUCAUUCGGCCCGGGACAGCGGUGAUUAACCACUAUAAAUAUCAAGCUUGGAACGAGUUCAAGUUGAAGUUUCAUCGCCGCGCAGCAACCUAUGUGCCGGACUGGACGGAGGACCGGGGUUUAACUUCAAGAGACAGGGUUCCAGACCUCGGGACGAAGGCCAUUAAACCUGCGGACUGGGAGACGCGGUACUGCGAAACACAAGACUAUGCUCUGCGAAAUUACACGCAGCGAGUGCUCGGUUUUCACGACAGCAAUGGGAAAUUGCAUCUUCCAUGGGAAUAACCAUUUUGACUGUAAGAAAUGGAAGCCUAGAUUGGAGUUAACACCAACAUUGUGACUGUAAGAUUGAUUACGCAACUCGUAGCUUUUGAAAAAACUUAAACUCUUGUUAGAGUAGAAAAUACCUUACGAACAACCCUAGUGUAAGAAAUUUAUUUCAGGGAUACCAAAAUGGCAGGCCCAAGCGGAUUGUACAAAGAUUUUGAAUUUGGUGACAGUGGACAUGUCCUUGAAUAAGAUCUGAACGAGCACAUUGAGCCGUUGACUUCUUCCAAACA